AUGUCUCAUAUAGCUGUUGAGAGGAACAGAAGAAGACAGAUGAAUGAACAUCUCAAAGUUUUAAGGUCCUUGACCCCUUGUUUCUAUAUUAAAAGGGGAGACCAAGCAUCAAUAAUAGGGGGAGUUAUAGAAUUCAUCAAUGAGUUGCACCAAGUUCUUCAAUCUUUGGAAUCUCAAAAGAGAAGGAAGAGUUUAAGUCCUAGCCCUAAUCCAAGUCCAAAAACACUGCAACCAACUUUUCAUCAAUUUGAUAUCUUCUCCGGAGGAAUUGAGGCUAACAAUACUUUCAAGGAGCUAGGAGCAAGCUGCAAUUCUUCAGUUGCAGAUGUAGAAGUGAAAAUCUCAGGUCCAAAUGUGAUUUUAAGAGUGAUAUCUCAAAGAAUUCCGGGUCAAGUUUCAAGGAUUAUAACCGUUUUAGAAAGUUUUUCUUUUGAAGUUCUUCAUCUUAAUAUCAGUAGCAUGGAAGAGACUGUUCUAUACCAAUUUGUAGUCAAGAUAGAACUGGGAUGUCAGCUAAGCUUGGAGGAACUAGCUAUGGAAGUUCAACAAAGCUUUUGUUCAGAGGCAAUGAAGUUGAUUGCUGUCUGA